AUGGCCCCGCGCGGAGAUCGACCGCGGCGGAGCUCGAGGGAGGCCCGGCAGCCUGCCCGCCGCCGUCGUCCUGCCCGCCCUCGCGGCGUCGUGACCCUGUUCGCUGCGUGCACCGGCGGCCCCUCCGUCCGCGCGGCUCUGCUCCUCCGCGCCGGCUCCGCGCCCUGCUCCUCCUCCUCCCUUCCGCGCGCGUCGCCGCUGCUCUGCCAUGGACGCCGCCGGCCAGAGCAGGGGGGUAGCAGGGCCCCGGUGCCUGGCGUGAGAGUGCGGGGAGGCGGAGCCGUGCCGUCAGAGCGAGCGGAGGGAGGUAGAGCUAUGGCUGCCGACACGGGUGCGGGGAGGCAGGGCUCCGAUGCCCAGCGCGGGCGCAGUGAGGAGGAGCCGCGGCAGCCGACGCGGGCGCGGGGAGGCAGGGCCUCAGCGCCUGGCGUGAGCGCGAGGAGGCGGGGUUGCGAUGCCCAGCGCCUGCGCAGUGAGGCGGAGCUGCUGCAGCCGGCGCGGGCGUGGGGAGGUGAGGCCGCGGCGCCUGGCGCCAGCGCGGGGAGGUAG